AUGUAUCGCCAAGUUUUGAUAGAUCCUGAGCAAAGAUGUUUUCAGAGAAUUUUAUGGAAAGAUUUAGAUGAUCCCAAAGCAAUGGUUGAAUGCUUUGAAUUAAAUACUGUUACUUAUGGCUGUGCUUCAUCGUCUUUUCUGGCAGUCAGAUGCUUAAAACAAUUAGCUUUAGAAUUUCAACCUAUUUAUCCAGAAGCAUGUCAUGCUAUUUUAAAUUGCUUUUAUUUAGACGAUUUAUUAGCUGGUGCUUUUUCCAUUUCUGAAUUGCUGAAACUCCAGAAGGAAGUAUCAUUUAUUUUAUCUUCCGGUGGAUUUCAGUUGAGAAAAUGGCUAUGUAAUAAAUCAGAAUUGUUGAAAAGUUUUCAAGUUGAUAGUACAUUAUCAUCAAAUAUAUUGCAGUUAGGUAAAGAUGAGCAGAAUAAGACCUUAGGAAUAUUUUGGAAUUCAUUUAGCGAUACAAUCCAUUAUUCAAUUAAGAAAUUUAAAUAUGAAGGUUCUAUUACUAAAAGAAUGAUUUUAUUGAGAAUGAUAUGA